AUGGCGGAAGAUGACGCGAGCAAGGAGACAGAGGUGGAGAGGCACUUAGCUGAGAUGGCAGAGGCAGCAGAGCUGCACGGAAGGCUGGACGUGGCGGACGGCCCACAGGCGGACGGGAGAUGCGCGCGCGGUUCUGACUUGCGCAGCUCGCAGCCGCACGAUACAGAAGCGGCGGACACUGUAGACGCGCGCACUGCUGACGCGCGCUGCUUAGAAGCACACGACGCAGAAGCGAGCGAUGCGGAAAUGAACGCGAGGGAUGGAGUGGACGUAGUAGCUGGGGACGAGCAGCGAGACGAGCAGCGAGCGUGCGACGAGAACGACACGGACGGAACGAUCAGCCGUCGCACGCGCGCGCGAGUGUCGCUGGCGCAGACCCCAAUAGAAGAGCUCGAGGUGAUGCUCGCGCGCGUGGCGCGAGACGCGGAGGAGGAUGAGGAAGCGGAGGAUUUUUUGUUUCAUGCGGAGGAGGAAGAGGAGGAGUACGAGCGGUUCCUGUCCGCCGUGCUUUUCCCCGACUCGCCUUGCGGUAGCGACCACGAGGGGGACGAGGGGGAGGGGGACGGGGAGGGGGAGGGGGAGGGAGAAGGAGAGGAGGGGGAAGAGAGGGGGUGUGAGGGAAGAAGGGAGGGUGGAGAGGAGGAGGUAGAAGAGGAGGGGGAAGGGGAUGAGGAGAGGACUGGAGGAGCAGCAGGGGCAAGCAUGGGAGGGGAGGAUGACGCAGGGGAUGCUGCUGAUGGAGGAGAGGAGAACGGGGUGCAGGAUGAGGGGAGGGGGGAAGGGGAGGGAGCGGGGGAGGAAGAGGGGGAUGACGAAGGGGAGGAGAAAGGGGAGGGGGAGGAUGAAGAGGACGAGGAGGAUAUGGACUUCAAUAUCGACGAUCUGCUGCUGCUGGAGGGCAAUGAUCUGCUAAUGGACGGUGAGGAUGAGCUGCUGGAUCUGCAGGACUUCGUUGUGGACGAGGAUGAUCUGGAUGGAGGGCUUCUAGCGGGGCUGGAAGAUGAGCUUAUAGCGGAGAUGCAGGCUCAGGCGGAGGCAGAGGCAGCUGCUGAGGCAGCCGCGAGGGCAGAGGAGGAGGAGGGCGAGGAGGAGGGGGGGAGCGAGGGAGAGGGGAAGGGGAGGAUUAAGAGGCGCAAAUGCAACCGUGGGGAGGGGAAGGGGGGCUAUUGGGGGGCGCGGGGUGGAGAGAUGGGGGGCUUGCAGGAGGGGGAGGGGAGGGAGGUAAGGGAGGGAGGGGAGGGAGAGGAGGCGGCGCAUGAAGCAGCGGCAGACGGGCACGAGGGCGCUGCCUCUCGCCUCCACCAGCCGCCCUCCGCUGCUCCUGCUGUUCCUGAGGGUAACGGGCACGAGCCAGCCAAUGAGCAGCUGCCACUUGUCCAGGGUGUGGCCGAGCGGGGAAAGGGAGGGGAGGUGGAAAUGCGCAGCGAGGGGGUGGGAGUGGGAGUGGGAGUGGGGGUGGGGGUGCGGAGGUCAAAACGGACCACUGCAGGGAUGUCGAGGAGGAGAGGCAAGGGGAGGGAGGCGGCGAGGAAGGAUGGGAAAGGAGAGGGGGAGGGGGAGGUGGAGGCGGGAGGAUCCAAGAGGAGAAGGAAGGCUAAGAAGGGACGAGGCGAGGCAGUGAAAGAAGGGGGUGGGUCGAUGGGGAAUGGACGAGGGGCGAGGGAAGAGACGGCAGCGUGCAGAGGUGGCCGCGACAGUUCAGAAGCAGGAGGCGGCAGUGAGGGUGCGUCUCCUGCCGUGGCUGAUCCACAUGCCUUGGUUUCUUCUGCUCAUGGCUCGGAUGGUGCUGAUGGUGGUGCGCAUGGUGCAUCGACCUUAUCACCCCCAUCAGGCAGCCCCCCAUCAGGCAGCCCUGGGGGGGGGAUUGGGGGGGCGGGCAGCGCAGGGCAGGGCAGGCGGAGGGGAUCCGCGGCACCAGCAGCAGCAGGGUCCAGGGCGGCGGGCAGGAAGGGCCGCGCAGGCAGAACUGCUGCUGGCCCUGCUGCUGGCGCUGCUGGUGGUGGUGGUGUGGGGUCAGAGGGCGCUGCUACUACUGCUGCACACACUAGGAAAGCGGCUGCUGCUGUUGCUCCUGCUGCUCCUGCAGCUGUGACUGCAGCUGCUGCUGCUCCUGCUGCCGCGCCAGUGCCCCCCCCUCGCCUACUCCCCAUCGCCCCGCUCCCCACCGCGCGCUCGUUUGUACCACUCCCCCUGCCGGCACACGGCACAUACCCCUUCCAUAUUCGCCCCGUUGCAUGCCUCGCUCCUGUCCCCAUCCCCCCCGCGUUCGCGCCACAUCAGCGCGCCCAGCUGGCGGCGCUGCUGGCGUGUCACGUUCAGCUGGCAGUGCAGGUGUACACGGCAUGUGUGCUGGACCCCUCUCGCUGCCAGGUGGCAACGGUGCUCAGGGGCUUGCUGGCACAGCUGGCGCAGUGGGGGGGAGGUGCUACUGGGGAAGGUGGUAUUGCUGGGGUAGGUGGCAUUCGGUCAGGAGAUGCGAGAGUGUCGAACAGUGUAUUAGCUGCUGAUGCUCCAUGGGCUGAGGCAUCACCCUCGCCUCCCUUGCAGCCUUGGUGCUCUCCACCCAUCCCUUCCGCUCCGCGCUCUCCUCUCUCAUCUCCUGUGACCUGCCUGGGAGCUCAUGGCUCUGCUGCUGCCAUAGCUCCUACUGCUACCGCCACUGCUGCUGCUGCUGCCACUGCCACUGCUGCAAGCAGCCACGGAGCAGCAAGGCCGGCAGCGCGGCUAACAGAUUCGAUCCCCAGCCUGGCUCUUCUUCCUUCGUUCCUGCUCGCCAUCGACAAAGAAGCGACAGCAGCAGCAGAAGCAGCAGCAGCAGCAAGAACACAGGUGGACGAGUCACAAAGGGUGAUGGCAGCCAGUGAUGCUGCUAUCCGAUCUGCACCAGCAGCACUCAGUGCCAGUCCACACGUACUUGCAUCUGACAGACGAGGGAGUGAGGGGCGCAGGGCGUGUCGUGGGGGGCAAGUUGAAAGAAGCGGUGGUGAAGGAGGAGGGGAUGGGGGAGAGGAGACACUCAGGGAAGGAGGAGGGGACGGGGGAGAGGAGACACUCGGGGAAGGAGUUGGAGAGGAGCUGUUAAGGAGAGGGGGGAGUGGGGGUGACGUGGGAAAUGGUAGGAAUGGUGGAGCAGAGCCAAUGGCAAAAAGGAGUGAAGGAAGGGGAAAAGGUGAGAGUGGUGGGAAAGAGUUGAAAAAGGUGGGGGAGGGGAGGGAGGUGGGGAAGGAGAGAGAGGUGGGGGAGCGGAUGGAGGCACAGGGCACGUCAAGAGAGAGGGUGGAGGGGGGAGAUGGGGAGAGGACAGAAAGGGUGGAAUUAGAGGAUGGCGAGAGGGAGGUGCGGCGUCAGCGAGAUGCAGUGGGUGGUGAUAGUGAUGGUGCUGUGCAGCGGCAGCGUGAUGAAGAGGGUAGUCGAGAGCUUCCUCCGAGAGACGUGGCGGAUAUGCAGCAGGACGAGCAGACACCGCAGCAGCAGCAGGAGCAGCAGCAGGAAGGGCAGGACGAGAAACAGCAGAACGAGCAGACACGGCAGCAGCAGCAGAUACAGCAGCAGGAACAAGAUCAAUGUUUGAAAGAGUGUCGUGUUGAUGAGCUGCCGCAGCAGAAGCAGCGGGUGGGAGGGAGUAAGAGGAAGAGGAAGAGGAAACGCAGGCCUCUCGCUUGCAACCCACCCAGAGCGUUGCUUCUGGGCGCCUAG